GCUGGGGAAUGGGAUCACAGGGAGAAAUCCCCUAUCCCUGCUGGGGAAUGGGAUCACAGGGAGAAAUCCCCCAUCCCUGCUGGGGAAUGGGAUCACAGGGAGAAAUCCCCUGUCCCUGCUGGGGAAUGGGAUCACAGGGAGAAAUCCCCUGUCCCUGCUGGGGGACAGGGACACACAGAGAGCCGUGCUCAGGUGGCUUUUGGGGAUGCUCUGGGGGGAGGUGGCAGCCAGGACCCCCCUAAUUCCCCCUCUCCACGUGCAGAGAGCCAGCCCACGACGUCGGACGAGACCGUGGUGGCCGGGGGCACGGUGGUGCUCAAGUGCCAGGUGGAGGAUCCCGAUGAUUCCUCGCUCCAGUGGUCCAACCCUGCCCAGCAGACCCUGUACUUCGGGGAAAAACGAGCCCUGCGGGAUAACAGGAUCCAGCUGGAGAGAUCCACCCCCAACGAGCUGACCAUCAGCAUCAGCGACGUGGUGCUGGCCGACGAGGGCGAGUACACCUGCUCCAUCUUCACCAUGCCCGUGAGGACAGCCAAAGCCCUGGUCACCGUGCUGGGGAUCCCCCAGAAGCCCCAAAUCUUCGGCCACGAGCAGCCCAUCGAUGAGGAGAAGGUGGCCCGGCUCAUCUGCCGCUCCUCCGGCAGCAAACCCGCGGCACAGCUGCGCUGGAGGAAGGGCAACAGGGAGCUCAAGGACUCGGGCACAGAGGUGGUGGAGGACCCCAACGGCAAGACCUUCACAGUGACCAGCAGGGUGGAGUUCCGUGUCACCAAGGAGGACAACGAGGUGGAGGUCACCUGCACGGUGGACCACGAGUCCCUGCAGAACUCGGAGAGGUCAACCACGCAGAAGCUGCAGGUCCACUACAAGCCAACAGCGAAGAUCGAGCCACACCCGCAGUACCCGCGGGAGGGGGAGAAGCUGCAGCUGCAGUGCGACGGGCAGGGCAACCCCAUCCCACAGGAAUUCCUCUGGGAGAAGGAGGGCAGCGAUGCUCCCCUGCAGCUCAGCUCCGAGAGCGUCCUCAUCUUCCCCUUCCUCAACAAGAGUGACAGUGGCACCUACGUGUGCACGGCCACCAGCUCCAUGGGCAGCGUGGUGGCCAAGUACAACCUGGACGUCAGUGACGCCAGCCCGGUGCCCUCGACCUCCAGCACCUACCACGCGAUGAUCGGCGGGGUGGUGGCUGUCAUCGUCUUCCUGCUGCUCAGCCUCCUCAUCGUGCUGGGACAUUACCUGAUCAGGCACAAAGGUUUGUGCCCAGGCCCUGGGGACACGGUGCCACCCCGCCAUCGGCCACCCCCUGUGCUGAUGUGUGAGUAGAGCCCCCCACCCUGCUCUGGGGGCAGCCGCACCCCUGCUUUUCCAGGAGGGGUGGGUGGGCAGGCAGGAUCCUGAUGGGCAGUGGUCACUCUGCAAGUGGACACUGCUGCAAAAGCCUGGAGCACCCCCAGUGAGUCUGCAUCCCGUGGAUCCCAUCCCAUGGAUCCCAUC